GCUAUGUAUGGUGCGAUAGAAGUUCUUACAUACAAUUCCCAAGCUUGGGUAAGGCAGGAAAACAACAGCAAAAACAGUCCCAGACCACACCAAGACAACACAGCCCCGCAAUGAAAUUGCACAUCACAAUUUAACUAUCGAUACUGGUUUUGGGCGUGAGUGGGAGUUGAUACAUGGAUAAGGUUGAAUGUUACAAAUCACAUUUGCAAAUGCAGUUGUAUCCAGCACUAAUAUUCUGCUUCAGGAUAUAUUUUUAAAGGAAUAUUUACGAUGUUAAGGGAGGGAAACAAGGUUGUUCCCAAACGUUGGUGCUGUAUUGGAAAAGGCUUUGUCAACUUUUCUUGUUCUUAAAACGCAAAUAAAUGGACGUCUUAGGUUUCUUGGGUUUGACAACGGGGUUCAUAAAUUAGCUAAGUAUAGUUCAGAUUUGCAAAGUAAGAUUUGAUGGAUGAACAGGGCCCAGUGUAUAUUUAUUUUUUGCACCACGUGAUGUCAGAUUGGAUUUUAAGUAGAGGUGACAAUGGUGGGUCCUGCAUGGUACAUCCAGUGCAAAUCGAAGAGUAGAAUUAUUUAAGCGGGUUAGUCCGUUUAGUGUUUCAGUAGCUGAUCUAUAAGCAGUGUCACAGUAGUCCAACAGUUGUAGAAUUACGGCUUAAACAAUUUGCAGGUGCAAUGGAAUGAGAAAACAAUGUUUUUGUAUAAAAACUCUAUUUUUUAUUUUCUUUUAAGAUUUGCUCAUUAUGGGAUUGGAAUGUAAGUUUUUAAAUCAAUCCAUAAACCCAUUUAUAUGAAGCACUCUGUUCGUUGAUGUUGUUUCUGAUAUCCAUAAUAGGUGUAGGCAAUUAAACUGGAGUUUUAUUUGAAGAAAAUAGCAUGAUCUUCCUUUGGGGAUUUAGGAGCAAUUUUAGUGAUGAUGAUAGUCAUGAUACAGCUCGACUUAUGUAGAAGGAAUUUGAAUGAUCAAGUGGUUUUCCUGUAAAAGUGGUUGUUUCUGUAGAUGCUGGGGUUUUCUUACCACAUGUAAAAACAUACUAAAGAAUAAGUAGGCCAAAGAUCAAAAGAAAGACCUCAAAGAAAAAAAGAUGCUUGAGUCUCAGUGAGGCUUUCCUGGAUAAAUGAGAAAAUGCACUACACAAAAACGGUCAAUGAAAUUCUAGAGUUAAGAGCAUUGAGAAUUUUUAAGCAUAUGUUUAUCAGUUGUUUUUGUAGAUGUUUCGAGUUAAUUUAUUUUAAGUAGGUAAGAGCUCUUUGAAAGGCAGCAUCUUAUCUUACAAGUUUAAAUUGCCCGAUGGUACUUAUUUUGGCUAUUGCCUGUAACAUCCAGACAGCACACUGCCAGUUAUGUAGUCAAUUGUGGCACGCCAAUGGCUCGUGGAGUACAAAUCCGUGUCACGUUAAAUAGGCGAGAGCAGAAGAUGUUGACCUUGACGGCAUUAUCAGCUCAACAUUUGAUUUUUUUUUACGAUGUUUAAUGCACAGGUUAUGCCGAGUGAUGGCACAGUGCGUAGUGUUCUACUAUGCUAUGAUCACGUUAGCCUAAGUUUGAAUCCUGGCCACAGCUAACAUUAUUACCGAGUUAUAUUUGAACCAAUUCUGGCCCCACCCAUUCACCAUCCUGCACUGACCAGCAAGGUGAAGUAUGGUUCAGUAACCUCCGAUGACGGAGAGGUCUUCAUCUAGCAGUGGAUUGACAAAGGGCUGUGAAUUAUUUCAGGAUAUGCUGCGUCUGCAAUGUUGUAUUUAAUAGGGGACGGGACACUGCAGUUGUCCGAGGCUGUGAACAGAAUUGUUAAAAAUUGUGAUGGGGAUUCUGAGCAUGGGGAGAAUUGGGUGCUGCCUGUCUGCGCCUUCCUUUAGCCCUGGUUGCCAUCACGCCAGGCAGCACAUUGUCCACAUAGUGUAUGUGUGUUUGAGCAUUGUGGGUGACGAGUUGUGUGGUCUAAGCAGAUGGUGUGCAACAUACUCUUGUAGUCAUCUGCACACUUGGACACACGUACAACUUUGCUAUUUUCCUUUGUUCCUUCUGACCAAGUCUUUUUGUCAUUAGGCAAAUGUGUUACAUACUGUGUGUGUAACAUGACAAAUAUUGACUAUUUUUUUAGAGAGAUUAAAAAACCCUCAAAAUCAUAAUUAAACCCAAUAGAACAACUAUCUAUUGCAAGGGAGAUCCUGGAAAAAUUAUUAUGCCAUGAUAAUGUAAGAGUGAAUGAUAAGGUGUGUCUGUAAUCACGUUUUUUUUAUUUUUGCAUAAAGGAACGAGAAGAUAGAUUUAAAUGAACUGACCUUCAGGCACAAAGACAUGAAGACAAUGAAUGAACCUGCCUACCUCCUGGUGGGCACAGAUGUGAGUGCCAAGUAUCGGGGGGCCUUUUGCGAGGCCAAAAUCAAAAGUGUAAAGAAGCUGGUCAAAGUAAAGGUCCUGUUCAAGCAAGACUCCUCAUCACACGUUGUGCAGGACGACCAGAUUAAAGGAUGCCUCCGGAUCGGCGCUGCAGUGGAAAUCAGGAUGUCAGAUGGAACUCUGCAGGAGGGCAUGAUUAGCAAGCUGACAGAUGCAAGCUGGUACACAGUUGUUUUUGACGAUGGCGACGAGACUGUGCUGCGACGAUCUUCCUUGCGACUCAAAGGAGAGCGACACUUUGCCAAGAGCGAGAGCUUGGACCAACUCCCGCUGACACAUCCGGAGCACUUUGGUACGCCAGUCCUUGGAAGAAAAUCCGUUAAAGGCAGGAGGUCGGGUCUGACUGCCGGAGAUGAGAAGGAGGUGGCGGAGUGGAGCGAGGAAGACGAGGCGGAGCGAGUUGUGGCCGACGACGGCACAGUGGGACACGUGGUGUGUGUGGAGAGUAGCGCAGACGACAAGAUGAAGGGCUGCCCGCUGUUCCCCGCCCUGGUCGUGUCCCCUGACUGCAAUGAUGAAGUCACAGUGAGAAGAGACCAGUGCUUGGUUCGAUCCUUCAAGGACGGAACUUUUCACUGCGUGGCACGGAAGGACAUCCGCGUAAUGGACAGGGAAUCCUUCCCAAAGCCAGAAGCUGCAUUGAAGCAGGCCUUUGAAGAUGCCCUGGGCUUCUUGGAGAGCAAAGAGUCUCCUGCCUCCUGGAAGAAGGAUCUCAGCUCAGUCCACCAGGAUGAUUCAGGCAGUGAAAGUGGAGGUGAUGAGCAGACGGUGGAGCAUGAGGAGGAAGAAGAGGCUGAAGAUGAGUCUGAUCCUGAAGAAAGGGAUAACUUUCUUCAGCAGCUCUAUCAGUUCAUGGAGAACAGAGGGACUCCCAUCAAUCGGCCGCCAGUGCUCUGCUAUAGGAGACUCAACCUGUUCAAGCUUUACAGGCUGGUGCAGAAGAGAGGAGGAUCCACCGGCAUAAAGAGUGGGACCACGUGGAAGCAGGUGUACAAAGAGCUGGGGGUCCCCGUGUUAAACUCUGCUGCUUCACACAACAUCAAGAGCACCUACAGGAAGUACCUCUUCGGGUUUGAGGAGUACUGCCGCUCGGUCCGCAUCCGCUUCCGGAGCGUGGAGUACGCGAUGGAGGCCGAGGGCCGGCAAGUCGGACGGCGCACAGCGAGGAGGAGGGAGGCGCCCGCACCCCAGCCCGACCCCGAGGAGCCAUCAGCGGCAGACGAGGCCCCCAUGUCCGACAAGAGAGAGGCGACGACGACGAGGAGGAGGACCAAGGCUUCUGCUGCCACUGUUGCCUCCGAGGAAGAGUGCAGCGACGAAGGCGCGGAGAAAAAGGAGGAGGAGGAGAUGGAUGUUGGCAACGCGGCCGCAGUUGAAGAAGAAAGCGACAAGAAGGAGGAAGAGUCGGGCAUCAAGGAGGAGCCCGACGGUCAGACCGUGGCGGCGGUGGUGGCGGCAACGGCGCCGGUGGAGGAAAUGGAGAAGCUCGUGGAGGUGGAGGAGAACGAUGAGAGGAUGGAGACGUCCGUGGCAGAGGAGGCGUCCCGCAGCGAGAGCGAUAACAACAUCGUGACCGGCAGGCUGGUCGCCAGAGCGGAGUUAAAUGCGACGCCUCUGCGGGGACGCCGUCGGAGUGGACGAAUUCCCUCCCCCGGCCUGCCGAAACCGACGGAGACGACCGAGACGACCGAGGCGUGCGAGACGACCGAGACAACCCAGAUAGCCGAGACGUGCGAGACAGAAGAGAACAAAGGCACACCGAGAGACGUUAAACCGAACGUGGAAAUGAAGGAGGAGCGGUGGACGGGAUCGGAGGGUGGUGCCAGCAGCAGCAACGGCGGCGGCGGCGGCGGCGACGGCGGAAACGUCGGCAGCACCGCGACGACCGCCGUCGCUGCCGAGGCCGUGGACGUCCCGGACGAUGAGGACCGCGAAGAGGAUGACGACGAGGCCGACGAUGACAUGGAGGAUGACGACGGAGACGAGAUGUCGGAGCGGAGCGGGGAAUCUGACGCCCCGGGGGUGCCGUCGAUGCGCGCGGUGCACCACAGGGUGGACAUUGAUGAGCAAGGCGAUGAGAACAGGGACUCGGAUGGAGCGGACGAUCUGGAGGGCUACCCGCUGGGCACGCGGCUCCAGGUGAAAUACGGCCGCGGCAAAACGCUCAAGGUGUACGAGGCGAGCAUCCGCAAACGUGGCGUCGAGGCCGGGGAAAUCAUCUACCUUGUGCACUACUUUGGCUGGAAUAGCAGGUAUGACGAGUGGAUUAGGGCCGACAGGAUUAUUCGGCCCAUUGAUAAGAAUGUUCCCAAAAUAAAACAUAAAAAGAAAAUAAAGCACAAGCAUGACAAGGAGGAAGAGAAGGGCGAAAAGCUAGAAGAAAAGGCCCUCACGCCGGCACGCCGCGGACGCCCUCCUUUACACGCAGCCAAUCGCGUGCCAGGGUCCGGUGCCACGAGGACCCCCUCGAGGACCCUGGGCAGUGGCGGCCGUGGCAGUGCCCGAAGCACUCGCAGCACGCCAACGUGGGACUCGCCCAGCCAUACGUCGGAAGGACAUUUGAGGAGGCAUGGUGGACGUCAAACUGCGACAGAAUCGGAGAAAGGCUCAAAUGACUCGGGGAGUUCCAUGGAUGACAGCGAGACGGAGGAGGAUUAUUCCACGACUGGCUCAGUGUCGCAGGAUGGCGGCGGAAGCCGCAGCUCCCGUGGGCCCUCGGAGGGCGGCCCCGACCGCGCCCGCUAUGCCGAGGAUGGCGCCAGCGCGGCCUCCAGCGAAGCCGGCACCGCCGCGACGGACGCCCGGGGGUCGAGCGCCGAGAGCGGGAACGCCAAUCCCACAGAGGAGGAGGAGGAUGACGAUGAUGAGGACAAGGAGGAGGUAGUUACCGCCGAGGUGCGCACGCAAGUCCCGGCCUUGAACUGCGCCUGCUCCGAGGCCGAGCCGACGGAGGUCGUGGAGAAAGCCGAUCCGUCUGACGAGCCGGCUGUGAAAAACGAAGUUCGGGUCGAGGCAGAGAGCAAAACACAGGAAGAGAAGGUGCAGGAAAAGGUGCAGGAGAAGGCGGAGGAGGAAAGUGACGUAAGGGCUCUCGACAUAGAUGAUGCCCCUGAUGCUCCGUCCCUCACGGAGGACGAGAACAGCGUCGCGCUCAUUGAAACAUCGGCCCAGGUCGCGUCUGCCAAGGGUCAAGAAGAAAUUGAAUCCGAGGUUUCGGCAGCCAAAUGUGAAAAAGAAGAGGAUUUAGAAUCGAAGCUGCUGUGCCGCGAGGAGUUUUCUGACAUUUUGGACGACAAGCGGGAUAGCGAAGAUGAGCGAGUUCCGUGUAAAGAGGAGGCCGUUCAGAAGAAGACUUCAAAGGAAGAAAGGAGGGGGAAAAGGAAAACGGAUCAAAGCACAGUUGCCAAAAACCCCGUCAAGAAACCUCGAGGGGCUAACCUGGACGAUGAGAAAGUGAACCUCAACAGCAUUCCAAGUGAAGAUGCCAAGAUGCCGCUCUUGGAGGAGGAACGGGAAAAUGUCUCCGAUCCGAGUGAUGUCGGGCCGGAGAAGCCGCCAGAAUCGGGAGUGGACGAGAGCCCUCCGAAACUCAACAAGGCAGGCGGUGGUGCCAAAGCAGCUGACCAAACGGCACAGGCGAAGCAAGUGACCUCGCUGUCCUGUGUGAAGAAAGCGUGCGCCGAGGAGAAGCAGGCGGGGGAGGAGAGUGGCGUGGGCGCGGACGCCGCUUGCCCGUCGUUGCCGGUUUCUCCUGCUCACGUGCGGGGAAGCUCCCCGCCGAAGAAGCGCGUGUUUGUGUCGCUGCCCCAGUGCGGCGUGCUGGGCCUCUCGGCUGGCCAGGAAUCGCCCCUAGAGGUCGUUGCCGACGAGAAGGACAGCGUGGAUGAACCCCAGGCGGACGACAAGGUCACCACGGAGGUGGACACGCCCAGCGCGAUGGUUACGGAGUCGGCCUCCACCAGCGCUCACGAACCCGAGGCUCAAAUCGAAGACGCUGUAGACGUCAAAGAAAGCGGCGACGGUGUAUCUGAGAGCGCGGGGACUCGGAAAGCCGACGAGCCCUUGAACGCGGCACAGGAUGAAACAAGCGCUCCGAGUUUCGCCUGCGCAGACGAGCAAGAGCAGACCACUGACGAAGACAGCAAAAACUCGAGCGGCGGCACUGAACCCGAGAGCCGCAGCGACACAGCUGAGAAUGAGAAGCAAGACUCGAGUCCCACGAAUGGCCAAGAGGCCGGUAAGCAGAACUGGGAGGUCCGGGAUGACAGCGGCUUCGCCAGCGCCGAGGCGGAGACAUCCCCGCCGGCUGACGCAAGCGCAGCAGCGCCCGCAGUCGCUGUCUCGACGGCUCCACCUCCCGCGGCGUCCCCGGCAGCCGUGGUGGUGGUGGCGGCGGCGGCGGCGGAAACGGAGGCAGCGGGGCGCCCGCGGGAGGCUUCCCCCCCGCCGCCGCCGGCACGCGAGACGACGGCGAUGGGCACGUCGUACGGGCGCCGCGACGUGACCGGUGCCAGCUCCAGCUCGAGCAACACUCCCGAGCCGGAGCCACCACAGAGAGAAAUGAUGCGCGGCGAAGUCGUGAGCUUCAAGCCGUCGUUUCACCAAGUGGACGCGGUGCCCCGCGGCGGGCCUGCCGCGUGGGGCAUCUCCGUGCGCAUGGGCUCCAGGCGGCGGGUGUACGUCGCGGGACAGAAGCGUGCCAAGGUUGGCGCCGCUGCAGCGGCCGCCGCCGCCGCCGCCGCCGCCAAAAAGCCGCGACUGAGCCCGAAGCACACGAGGAACAGCCCGAGAACGGAGCGCCACAGAGUCGGCCAGAGCAGCGACAGCGAGGAGCUGCCGCAGAGCGAGCCGAUGGGGGGCAAGAGCGCGGCGUCUCAUGGCAAGCACGCGCCCGCCGGAGUGACAAGCAGGAGCACGCGAGCCACGCGCUCUCCCCCGGGGGGCUCCCCGCCAUCGCUGCCGCUGGCAGGGACCCCCCACGGCCGAUCGGGCGGUGAACGCGGGACCGGGGAGAGGGUGGGACGACCGCCGCGCCUCAGCCUCCAGAUCGAACUGGUGGGGAUGAACGGCGCGGAGAGGAUCUCGUUCCUGCAGGAGCGCCUGCAGGAGAUCCGCACGUACUACCUGUCCCUCAAGACCGAGGUGGCCACCAUCGACCGGAGACGCAAGAAGCUCCGCAAGAGGGAGCGCGAGGCUACGAAGUCACUGACGUCAUCCGAAUCAUGCACAGGAUCCCUGUCUCCGGCCCGGCCUGCCCUGGCGUUGGAGCUCAGCUCGUAGCCGCGGCGUGUCGUCGCUGGGAUAUGCGAAAGGAAAAAAAACUCUUUAGAAGUGACCGUAUCAAACGACAACAGCAACAACUAUAUCUAUAUAUGUAGCACUUCGGGUGCGCGGUUCGUUGUUGCCAGAGACGGUUAUCAGUGCCGUGGAUUCUUUCACGGAACGUGUUGGAAAGUUAAGUUAAGGUUCAGAACAGCCAGUUCAUUAAGAGGUGACGGUGACAACGCUACGUCUUCAUAUCGAGCUCAUGAUGCCAGGGGUGUCACCGGGAACGCUUUACUUCCACGUCUAAUUUAAAACAUUUGAAAGAGGGGACCCCCCACCAGUGGCAGCUGUCUCCUUGUGGGCACAAGGUGACUUCAGCACCUGGCUUGCAAACGGGCAUUAGUCUGCCAAGUAUGAGGGCGAUGAUUGCUUUGUGUAAUCCCAAUCGCGGUAGGUGGCAGAGAUGAAUUCAAAAGGGAGCGUUGUUGUGGGCGUCUGUGUACGUGUGUGGUGUGUGCGUGUGUGGUGUGUGCGCGUGUGGUGUGUGUGCCGUGUGCAUCCUUCAGAGAAGGUGGUGCAAAUGAGCAAACAGCCUCCGGCCAACGACAACCUGUUUCACCCGGUAUGAAUAUGGCUGUGCAACUAAGAGCGCGGAACAAACGGUGACGCAAAAGCCGUGCAAAGUAAAAAAAAGGCCCCCUUUCCCUGGUUAAUGCCACUGUGCGAAGGCUUUUUAAAUAAAAUGUGACAUUUUUAUCACGGUGGAACAAAACGGCCACGCAAGUGUUUAGGUGGUGCUCUGUCACCUUGAAAACGUUCCAUUGCCGAGCGGUUCUUUGUGUUCGUGUGCACGUUUUGCACUGCCAUGUUUGAUUUUAGUGGGGGGAAAAAGCAAGGCAAAGUGUGUCUUCCUGAUUACAGUGUGUGUUUGUAUAUGUAUACAAUAUGUAGCUUGGGGUAAAGCGUUAUGGCAUCUUUGUAGCCUUACCCGAAGACGAAACUUAAACCAAAAGUGUGCACACUGCAAUUUCGGACGACACCCAUUGAACAUUUUACAUGCAUUAAAGGAUGGAUUCUUAUACACUAUUUAUACCCUAGUAUUUAUACAAACCAGUCUGGAAGCUAUAUGAACCUUACAUCUCUUGAUGCUUACAAAUUUGGUUAAAUAUAGAUAGGUAGUUUGGGAAAUUAAAUGAUACAUCGCAAAAGCCCGCGUGUUUAAUGAAAUGCUGUUUGGUUGCUUGAUACACCGAGAUUCAGAAUUGUUUUAAAAAAGUCUGUUGAAAUUUUUAAAUUAACUAAAGUGCCACUGACCAUUUUUGCUUAGUCUUAAUGUGUUGCCUCUUUUACAAUUAAGACCAAAUAGAAUAUUUAACAGAAUAGUAUUUUUCCCAUAAUUCAUGAGCCUAAUGUUCAAAGCAUGUGUUUUUAUCCUAAGUUCUCAAAGCCAUAAUACAUCCCAUUGUUUACUUUGUUGCAAAGCUUGGAUAUGUUCAUUAAAAUAACACGCAAUUUAACAUACACUGCAGUAGAUUGUAGUCCGAACGUAUGUAGACUUUUUUAAAAUCAUGUACUUUUUAAUCGUACAGAGUACCCGCUUACAAGUUAACGAUACUUCACCAUCAACCCGUGUGCGUUCGUGUAAGCGUAGGAAUUUGGAGGAGUGAAAUGGUGACAAGUGCUCAUAAGUAGAUCAAUUAAUUUAUGAAAUAGUAUUUUAUAGCAGUUUUUUUUUGCGGUCCUCAGAGCCUGCUGCUGGGUCUUUUUGCGAUGCGACGCGUUAUUUGAAUGCACUGUCGGUCUCUCAGAUUUGUAACGACGUGCCGCGUCUUAGGACAUCCGGGUUGGUGUACGGUGCCAUCGGCAAACGAACCGAGUUAGGACACCGCAGCUGUUUUGCAAAACCCAAAACUUUACCAAAAAAUAACACAACUCAGAUUGUUUGCAUUACCAGGGUUCAUCACUACCAACGAUGCUUUAUAAAUGCAUCGUUAAUCCUUACAAAACCCAAAGUUCGCUACAUUUCAAUCACGGUAAGCUGAUAAGGAGUGGCAUAUGCACGGUCUCUACAUUUCUGUCUGGUUUACGUAGUGUUCUGCUUUGUUGGUGUUACUGAGCCAUCUUUUGGUUUUAUCACCCCAAGGUGCAUUUUCCGUUCUUCUACAGGGUCCGGCGCUUCGAGUGAUUAUCGGUACCACAUGCCAUGCCACCAUCCCCUUUUAUUAUCUGAAAACCUGCCUGAAAGCAAUUAUUUUGAUAAAUAUAAGUAUAAAAAACAAAAAAAUUCAUUCUGCAAAAUGUAUGACUUGAAAAUGUUUCUUUCUAUGGAGAAAUGGUUUGAUACAUUUAUUAAAAAAAAAAGUUACGAGAGAUUUAAAUGAACAUUUAAACUUGCCUACGGUGAAAUCUACUAUAACGCAUAUUUAUUCUAAUAACGGUAUACGUGUGUUAAUGGUAGGGAUUUUUUUUUCAUGAUGCUGUGCCGAGUAGAGUAUUAUGUGGCUUUGUUCAGGUUCUUCCACGUCUUCAUAUUGCAUGUCCGCUUGUGCAUGAAGCGCCACAGAAAGAGGUGGUCAAACGUAGCCGGUUUUCACAUCGUGUUGUGGACAAAGCAUGAACUAGUCUGACAUCAGUUAAUGCAAAAAAAAACCCCAUUGUACUUUAUCGAUGUGCCCAAGUCAUAGUUUUCAAAUAAAACUAUACUUAAUCAUACAAAAGAUUUCAAAGACUCCGAGUGGGGUAUUUAUGACUUGUAAAUAAUAGUUUAAACUUGAUUUUUUUGUAAAAGGCCGGACGUCCAAGAUAGCAUUCAUAAAAUAUUUAUGUAAAUGUUGCGUCUAUUUCGAUUACGGCAUGACAUUAAAACUGGGGAACUCCCAGAAAAGUUUUUUCAAUAAAUUGCCUUCCCAGUUAAAAAAUAAAUACACUUGCAAAGUAGACACGAAUGCAAUCGGAUUAUGGUGUAGAUUGAGGGCUUUUAUUAACAAUUUCAAGCAGGCAAAGGCAUGAGAACGUAAGGUCGUUAAAUUUAGUGGCAAGUCUGUGUGCUGUAUACAGACGGACACGUGCUUGAUGAUGCCUGCAGUGAACACGCUUAAGGAACCGUGAGACGUUUUGAUUUUUUUGCAAGCAGGUUUAUUAUAGACAAAAUAAUUCACCUUUUUGUACUAUCAUUGUAUACUGUGAUUUUUUUAAUGGAAUUUCAUUGCUAGUCUUUUUUUUACUGGUUUUUAUUUGUUUCAUCGCGUACGAGUUUCAGGUAUUUGAUGAUACAAGCAUUUGUUUUCCUUCCAUGGUGCAUAUAGAAGAAGAGAUCCACAAUGGUACUUAAACCAGACCUUUUAAUCUUUGAAAAUGCAGUUUGUAAAUGAGUUUUAACGGUGCGUGUACUCGAAUGAAGAGAUAAUGGGAUUGUUUCAUUUGCAGUCGGCGCUUGCCAACAUGCUUUCUCAUGCCUAGUCUCCCUCAUGGGAGAUGACAAGAGUGUCUUUAUAGCUGAUUGUACCAUUUCCUCCGAAGCCACGGGCCAGAAUUGUGACUUUUGAGCCAAUGAGACGGAAAUGUUGUGCCUCUGUAGAAUGCGAAGUCCCAGAGUGUUGUGAUCCGUUUGUAUUUAAAGAGUGGGGGGCGGGGGGGAGUUUAUAUAUGAUAGGUGAUUGAAACAAUACUGUAAUUGCAGUGCAAUAGGCUUUUGUUCAAGAGAGAAUGAUAUUAAGUCACACAUUGUGGGCUCUGGAAGUAUAGAAUGGUGGCAUAUUGUUUGAGUAAAUAAAAUCAGCAAUAUACAGCACCGCAAUGUAUUUUAAAUAAACAUGUACAGUAUAAACCAGCAGACGAUGGACAUUUGCAAAAAAACCCCAAAACGUUGUAUUUUUAUGUACAUUAUGACAUAUAAACCGAAUGUGCAUUUGAAACAAUCCUUGUUGUAAUCAGUGUUUCGACUUUGAAUGGUUGCUAUAUUAAAUGUGGUUCCCCCCAAUGCGACAAAGUAAUAUCAGCUUGGGACGUGUUUUGCUCUCGUUGAGAUGAACGCAUUAAUUUUGUAGAUUCUAGUAACGUUUUCUCUGCAGCGUACGACAUAUUUGUAACGAGCAUAGGUUCAUAUUAAGCACAAUACAUAUAAUUUUUAAAAAAUACAUACAUUUAUAAUUCCUGCUGUAAUCGGGAAUCGCUUAACUUAUAAGUACACGAAAUAAAAAAAAGAACGAGAUGA